AUGAGAGCAUCCACACGCCUCUGGGCCAGUCUCGCAUGCGCUGUUGGCCUCCUGGGCACUGGCAGUGGUGGAAGAUUCACCACUCGUGACGAUAUCCGUACCAAAUUGGCACCCGAGCUUUCUGCACAGGCAGAUAUUUACUACCCGGACUCAGACGUGUUUGAGGAUGCCACAGUACGGUGGUCUUACUACCACCCACCCAACUUCACUGUUGUUGUUGAGGUUGCCGAGGAGGAAGAUGUGGCCAAGACUAUUCGUUACGCUAACGCCGAGGGCCUCCCAUUCCUUGCAGUGAAUGGUGGACAUGGUGCUAUCUCUUCUCUGGCGAAUCUUGAUCACGGAAUUGAAAUCUGGUUGCACAAACUUGACUCCAUUGAGAUCGCAGAGGACGGUAAAACAGCCACGUUUGGGGGUGGCACAAAAGCAGUGACGCUGAUUGGAGCUCUCUUCCAACAGGGAAAGCAGACUGUUCAUGGCGUCUGUGAGUGCGUUAGCUAUCUUGGACCAGCUCUGGGCGGCGGCCACGGUGCUCUGCAGGGGAAAUAUGGGAUGGCAUCUGAUCAGUUCGUAUCGCUGAACAUUGCCACGGCGGAUGGCGAGAUCAUAACGGUCUCCGAAGAAAGUGAUGAUCAGGACCUCUGGUGGGCUGUGCGAGGCGCGGGCCAUAACUUUGGAAUUGUUACCUCGGCCACUUCGAAGGUUUACGACAUUCCAAACGGUGGUCUGUGGGCGUUUGAGCAGUUAGCUUUUACCGGCGACCAAGUCGAGGAGCUGUUCGAGCACUUCAACGAUCUCGCUGAUAUCCAGCCGCCCGGCUUUUUCGUUUGGACAUACCUCGUGCGCAAUCCAGACAUGGACCCAGAGAACCCUGUUUACAUCGCCAACUUCCUGAAUGAGGGUGUCGAGGAAAUCGAGCCCGAGCUUAUUCAACCCUUCCGUGACCUUGCCCUGACUCCCGCGGCAGUCAAGACUCAUGGGCUCUAUACCGACAUUCCCAAAUGGAUCGAUACGGAUGUGAACUCGAGGGGCUGUGCGAAACAAGAGAACAAGGUGCGGUUCCCAAUUGGCUUCAAGCGAUAUGAUAUCCCAGCGCAGAGAGAGUUCUUCGAUGCAUUUGUCGAAGGUACUGCGGACGGUUCGCAGUUCAACACUUCGAUGGUCCUCAUCGAGCAAUACUCAGCGCAAGGUGUCGAGGCCAUCCCUGAAGACUCAACGGCGUUCCCAAACCGAGAGGACUUCUUCUUAUUCGCGCCUGUUAUCGCCUAUAACUCCGACACCGAAGAGGUGGAGAACGAGGCCGUGGAGUUUGGAGACCGGCUGCGAGACAUCGUUCUCAAGGGAACGGGCUCUGAUAACCUGCAUUCGUACGUCAACUACGCUUCUGGAGGUGAGGGAGCUCGCGCCUGGUAUGGGUGGGAGCCAUGGAGACUGGAGAAACUCCAGCAGGUCAAGAGGAAGUACGACCCAGAGGGCAAGUUCUCGUACUAUGCGCCGAUUCCUAUUUGA